UUUUUGCCCAUCUCUACGCCGGCAUUCGACAACGAAUGAAAUUCCUAGCAAAUUCCACGUAAUUAGAAACUGCCAAAAGCUGUCGAAGAAAACCUUACAGAGCAGGAAGAGACGUUUACAGUUAGGACCAAAAGUGAAAUAUGAUUCAAGUGCAAACAUUUUUAUUAGUAUUAUUAGCGUUAAUAGUUAAUCAAUGUUUAGCUGGAGAUGUCCCACGUCCGCGCGGAGUUUCGCUGGCAAUGGCGCCUUUGUAUCAGCCUCGCGGCGGAGAUAACUCCUGGACAUGCUUAGAUGGCAGUAGGACCAUCAAAUUUACACACAUCAAUGAUGAUUAUUGUGAUUGCGCCGAUGGUUCGGAUGAACCGGGCACAUCAGCCUGCGCCAAGGGCCAGUUCUAUUGUAUCAAUAAGGGUCAUCAGCCGAUGAUUAUUCCAAGCUCACGAGUGCAGGAUGGCAUAUGUGAUUGCUGCGAUGGCAGCGAUGAAUUGGAUGCACGUGGCUGCCCCAACACUUGUUCCGUAUUGGGAGCCGCAGCGGCUGCUCAGCGUAGACAGGACGCCGAACUCCAUAAGCGUGGUACCGAGAAACGCAAAGAGAUGAUUGCCCAAGGCAAUAAACUAAAGUUGGAACGUGAAGCACGUCGUGCCGAUUUGGAGAAACGAAUCUUGGAGCAGGAGCAACUUAAGUCGGAAAAGGAACAACUAAAACUCAAUGCAGAAGCACUUGAAAGCGAAGCCAUUGACACCUUCAAAGAGCAGCAACGAGAAUUGGACGCAGAGACGGCGCAUGCCGAGGAAGAGCCCCAGCAAAUGCGACAGGAAGCUUCGUUGAGUUUUGUGCGAUACGAUGCCAAUAAAGAUGGCUUUGUGGAGGUCACUGAACUAAUGGUUGACAUGAAUCUAGAUCGUGAUCGCAAUGGUGUGGUUACCGUGGAAGAAGCCAAAUACUUCCUGGAUGAACGUGAUCGUGUCGAUCUAGAUGCAUUUGUAACGUUGACUUGGCCACGUAUCAAACCACUAAAAAUGCUGGCCGAAGGUCUUUUCCAACCACCCCAAGCUCCUGAGGAGGAUGAGCACAUAGAGGCAACCACAGAAGGUGUUGCAAUUCCAACAACAGAGGAGCAAAGGGAGCCACAACCAAGCGAGGAACAUGCUGACCACGAGCCUGCCAUUGAUAGUGAUGAAGCCGAUGAGGAAGGUGACGAAGAUCAAUACGAUGACGAAGAGCCUGAUGUGGGUGUGGGUGAAGCUCAACCCGAUGCUGAAAAUGCUAGUCCGCCAGUCUAUGACCCCGAGACCCAGCGACUGAUCGAGCAGGCCAAUGAAGCGCGAAAUGCCUUUGAAGAAGUGGAUCGGACUAUACGUGAAAUUAAACAAGAGGUUAAGGAAAUUGAUGAGCAAAGCGGUAAGGAUUAUGGUUUACAUGAGGAGUGGGCGGUACUCGAUGGUGAAUGUCAUGCAUUCGAGGAUCGUGAAUAUAUUUACACUCUCUGUCCAUUUGAUCGAGCAUCCCAAAAGCCACGCAAUGGCGGUGCAGAAACCACAUUGGGUCGUUGGGAUCAAUGGAUUGGUGAGGGUAACAACAAAUAUUCCACUCAAAGGUAUGCCAAUGGCGCCGGUUGCUGGAAUGGACCGCAACGUUCAGCCAUUAUCCAUAUUACUUGUGCCCUGGAAUCACGAGUAACUGCCGUCAGUGAGCCAAAUCGGUGUGAAUAUUAUUUCGAAUUUGAAACUCCGGCUGCCUGUGAUAACGAAGCUUUCCAGCAAGCUCAGGAUGAGAAUUUGCACGACGAACUCUGAGAUCAUUCGGCACUCAAGAUUGUGGGGAUUGAGAAGUUUUGAUGUUUAUUCUUAGUCGUAAAAGAGAAUUGUUUAAAAUAAUUUCUAAUUUGUUUUUGAAAGUCGAGAUCAUUCCCUCACAUGUAUGUGGAAAGGAGCAGAAGAUUUUGUUGUUAAUAUAAUAACAGUGUAUGUAAAUUGCAUUUAAGCAACAACUAAAAUCAAGAAAUGAAAAAGAAUCAGUUUCAAUUUAAAUAAAGCGUAUUUAGUAUUUUUAAACAAAAAA